CUCGAACUGUUCAGGGGGAAACUGCUGUGCCGUCUCUCCUGGCACUGUUUGGUCCUUUCUGAGGUGGAGAUCAGAGAGAGAGAUCGCAGGUCUCGUACGGCUUUCGGUCUCUUUCCCCUGCUCUUGGUCCCGUUUCACACUAACGACCAUCCUGAUAGUAAACCCUGAGGCAGCUGGGGCUCUUCUCCCAUAAAAGAGCGCGAAAUACGCGAUGAUAGCCGGCUCUCUUAAGUGCCCAGAUCCGAGUAAAAAUCACCACCUAGAUAAAGUGGAGCGCAUACCCAUCCUUUGCUAACCGCGGUUGCUUUGAAAGGGAGACGGGGCUGAGGAAGAAAAGUAGGCAAUAAUGGGGAGACUGAGUUUAUGUAAUGGAAGACAUUAUCAAGAGGAAAGGAAUUAAUUUUGCAAACUAAUCAGUUACGUGGACAUCUUGAGUUUUUGAGAAAGAUCUAAGUGAACUUUUCUAGCAAAAAGAAAAUAUAUCAGCGACCUGUAUAACUUGUGCAUGAUUGGCUGAGGUAAUGCAGAAAAACUCCUUGCUGUGAGGUCAGAAACAAAAAGAUAAAAAUUUCAUUUAUAUUUAGUGUAGUUGAAAUACUGUUGAACAACUAUGGAAGUAGAAAAUGAACAGACAGACAUCAUCAAUACAACAACAGAAGUGGAUAAUCUUAGUGAUACUCCUUUUUCUGGUGAGGAGGAAAAUGUUGGACCUGAUGAAAUAAAAGUUGAAAUCAAUGGCAACUGGAUCCCUGCAACAUCAAUUAAUGAAGCUAAAAUCAAUGCCAGAGCAAAGAGAAGAUUGAGAAAAAAUUCCUCUAGAGACUCUGGAAGAGGUGACUCAGUGAGUGAUACUGGUGAAGCCCUGAAAAGUGGAGUCGUUGUGCCAACAAGUCCAAAGGGAAAAUAUCUGGAUAGGCGGUCUCGUUCUGGAAAGGGAAGGGGCCUACCAAAGAAGGGUGGUGCAGGAGGCAAAGGUGUUUGGGGAACACCAGGGCAAGUAUAUGAUUUGGAGGAAGUGGAUAUUAAAGAUCCCAACUAUGAUGAUGAUCAGGAUAACUGUGUGUAUGAAACUGUAGUUCUACCUUUGGAUGAAAAAGCAUGUGAAAAAACACUAACUCCAAUAAUUCAAGAAUAUUUUGAACACGGUGAUACUAAUGAAGUGGCGGAAAUGCUGAAAGACCUCAAUCUUGGUGAAAUGAAAUAUAGUGUUCCAGUUUUGGCUGUGUCAUUGGCAUUGGAGGGAAAGGCUAGUCACAGAGAAAUGACUUCAAAACUUCUUGCUGACUUAUGUGGAACAGUUAUUUCCAAACAUGAUGUGGAAAAGUCAUUUGACAGGCUUUUAAAAGACUUACCAGAAUUGGUACUGGACACUCCUAGAGCUCCACAGUUGGUGGGUCAGUUUAUUGCAAGAUCAGUUGGAGAUGGAAUAUUAUGCAAUACUUACAUAGAUGGUUACAAGGGUACUGUGGAUUGUGUUCAGGCUCGGGCUGCUCUGGAUCGAGCUACUGUACUGCUGAGCAUGAGUAAAGGGGGAAAACGCAUAGACAAUGUAUGGGGCUCAGGUGGUGGGCAGCAGUCUGUGAAACAUCUUGUUAAAGAGAUUGAUAUGCUGUUGAAGGAGUACCUUCUUUCCGGAGAUGUUUCUGAAGCGGAACGUUGUCUUCAAGAGUUAGAAGUACCCCAUUUUCACCAUGAACUUGUAUAUGAAGCAGUUGUGAUGGUUUUGGAAUCAACUGGAGAAACAAAUUUUAAAAUGAUGCUUAGUUUGUUGAAAUCCCUCUGGAGAUCUGCUGUCAUCACUAUGGACCAAAUGAAAAGAGGUUAUGAACGUGUUUAUCAUGAAAUCCCAGACAUUAAUCUUGAUGUUCCACAUUCAUAUUCUGUACUUGAGCGAUUUGUAGAGGAAUGCUUUAGUGCUGGAAUAAUUUCAAAACCAUUAAGGGAUCUCUGUCCUUCCAGGGGAAGGAAACGCUUUGUAAGUGAAGGAGAUGGAGGACGCCUGAAGUCUGAGAGCUACUGAAUACGUGAAUGAACUCUUGCAGCUGUAGAUGUUUAAAGGGAAUAUAUGUGUAUAUAUUCUAUAUUAAUAGUUGCUUAGCACAGUUCAUUUAUUUUUAAAAGAUGCACUUGUUUGGGGCACUAAUAAUUUCUGACGGUUAUAUAAACUUGUGUUCAUGCAAGAAAUCUUCCAACUUUUAUUUUUCUGAACCUAUAGUUGGACAGAACAAAUAACCACAUUUCUAUGGAAAUUUGCAGAAACAAGGCAAUCUUUUAUUAAGUGCCAUAAAUUCACUCCAAUCAUUCCAUGUUUUGCAUUAAUGCCUGCUUGCCGCUCCUUUCUUUUGAGGACAGCGUUUUGUGAUAAAAUCACUGGUUUAUUCAAAGCAAUGGGUUAUAUUAAGCUGCUAGACCUCUAUUUUGCUGCUACCAAGACAGAAAAGUUACUUGUUUUAAAGGAGCUAAGAAAUUUAGUAUGAUCAAAACAUAUAUUUUUCAGGGGAAGAUCUUGGUCUUCAGUUCAGCAAAUGGUGGCUGGAACAUCUAUUCUUUUUCUAUAAAACUGGAAAAAGGGCAGUUAUAGAGUGUAUUGUAAAAUAAAUUUGUCGAGCAAAUUCUUAACUUCUAAAAGUACCUGUUGAUUUACUUUGAAAACUAUAUCUAAAUCUCUCACCUUGGUCCUAAAAGGAGGUACAUGUUCGUAUAUUACUUGAUUUCAUCAGUGAACUAAAUUUGGGAAUAAACAAGCACAAUGCAUGUAUAA